GCGGCAAGGCUACGGACUCUGUUAGAGCCUCACUGGCUACAUAACUGCUGCUCCGCGUCUGUGGCGUGGAUAGAGGAGGCUCUCCUUAACUCCCGUGUUCAAGCGUCCAGUCAUACUGCUCAUUCUGUCAAUAUUCCGCUACUCCUUGUACACAUUCUUUCCAUCUAUGCUCAGGGCUCAUGGGAGAUCCCUCAGAAUCAGAUUCUAUAAGUCCCUGCGUUAACCAAUGUCUCCUACCAUACUUUCACUGCCUUUCGAUAUUCUCGUAAACAUCACAUCUUAUAUUGACAUUAACGACAUUACCCAUCUUAGUCAGGCUUCUCCAGCUCUUGCGUUCCUUGCUCAGGAUCCAUUCAUUUGUCGAUCUGCAAUUGAGUUCUGGGCCCCUUUCAGCCAGGAAUGGCGGCAGUACAAAGCCGGACUCAUAACCGCAGAAAUUGGUUUCAACAACAUCUACCAGCGUCGAUCGGCGGUCGGAAAUGGGCUACCUUUCAGUGUUACUUCGAUUGGGAAUUGUUUGAGCUUUGUAUAUCAAAAUGGCUGGUUAGCUUUCAUCAGUGACAAGCGAAUCUUCGUGCGCAAUGUGCGGAGUGGGAAUUCUUCGCAGCGGAUACCGAAAUCCAGGCAGCAGCCAUGUAAUGGAGCCUUACAGAACAGCAGUGGGGACGACCAUCAUGCCCCUUUUAAUGUGGUCAAUUUUCCUAAAGAGUGGGAUGACCUUAAUCUCGUUGAUUCAGAGUCUGAGAUCGAACUCAUGGGCUUUAUUGAUAAUGUUUUAACGCUUUGCUUCCGUCCAAUGCAAGAGGACGCUCAAGGCGUAAGUGCUUGGCUUCUCGCGCUCGGUAUCACCACAAACGAAGGGGAUGAAGGCAUUGAGCUUUUUCGAGCAGCACUCCAGACGACAGAGAAGCUUUUCGUUCGUCACAACGAGAAUUAUAUCUUCUGGGGGACACAGAGCGGCCGCGCAAGCCAUGUGUACCUUGAAUGGGUAAUCAAAGGAACGUUGUUCCGAGACUGGGGAGAUGCCAAACGGGAUGGACGUGUUCCUAGCGUAGCAAGUCUACAACUUCCAGAUUUCGUGGGAUCUGAGAUGAGCUCUACAUGCGCGUUUGAGAUUCAUGAGGACCACUUCUACGGUGUGUCGAAUCAGACUUCGUGGCACAAUGAAGAGAUCGACUGGACCUCUUUGUUUGACUGCAUCUGCUUUCCCCUUGCGAAGCCAUACAGUGCUGACCUCAAGAGAAAUAAGAGGAUCUAUAGGAGGCAACACGACGAAGGUCCCUUAGAUGACCUAUGGACUGUUCUGGGUUUACAAGUCAAAGAGGAUAUCGGCAAGCUGACCAUCGUCGAGGGUCGAAGAGAAUGGACCAACGGCGGCAGUUCGGCGUAUCGAACGUUCUACACGGCGGAUAUCACCUUCCCCGACGGUGAAGAACCGCACCAGCUGCCUGAAGAUGACCCAUACGUCACUAUCGUGACGAGCGCGAACCGCCCGAACUACAUACCGCGCCUGAAGCUCAAGACCGAAACCAUUCAUCCAGAGAGAGAACACCCCCGAUAUAGAAGUAGCCCGCCGUUCAUAGCAGCACGGACGCGGUACCGAUCCUACAACUUAGCAUCCGCUACGUUUAUAGAUCUGGUGAGUGACAGCAACUGCUGCGAGGCGUCAGCAAAAAGUAUGGCAGGGUGCCUUCGAUUCCGCACUGGUUCCAGGCGGCUCGCCCCUUUCCCUUCGAAUUGGAGCAAGCCAGAUGCCGGGAAGGGCAAGCAGCGAGCGAACUCAGAGAUAGGUUCGCCGAGGUUAGACUUGAUAUGGAUGGAUAUGGACUUCGAGGAUCUGGUGGAUUCUGACGAUCCGACCGCUUUCGACAUUGAUAUUUUAGCAACGAACCUCGACGAAGAACCAAAGGAAACAGAGGCAAGCGUUCGAGGAUACCGCUACUCCCCCAUCACUCUCUGGCCCCCUCCGCUUCUACCGGAGUCUAAUGCGCCACCCACUACUACAAGCAUAACGCACGCCUGUGAAACUGAGCAGGUUUCGUCGCAAGAAGUACAUAGGCUGAUGAACCCUCACCACACAAACCGAGACUGCUUCGCUCCGAUUGACAUCGCUGCGGCCUCCGAUGAGCGGACCGUCGUCUUCCUGGUUCGGAAAAAACAGAACCGUAGCUCGGCAAGCAGCUAUGAGGAAGGGCAUUUGGUACUGGUGAGCUUUUGUCCGUGGGUUACUGCCCUGGAUGCGGAGAUUUACAGUGCUGGCAACGUGGAUGGAGUGGAGUUCGUGCUGUUAAGGGAGGAUAUCCGAGGAAGAUCCAAGGAAACAACAUUUUUUACUGGUCCAACUCUUAUCUAGUAUAGAUGGCA